AUGGUGAGCCUCGCCAAAGUUCUGAACAGUCACGAAACUCUGAAGUACUUGACGAUGACAUGCUGCCACCUUGCGGAAGCGGAGACCAACUCCUUCGCUGACCUUCUGGAGUGCAACGCCAGGCUCCUGGGGCUAGACCUAAGUUGCAACGCCAUCAACAACAUCGGGGCGAUGGUGAUAGCGCGAUCGUUGAAGUUCAAUGGUAGCCUACAGAAGCUCGACCUUUCGGAGAACCCCAUCACCUAUCAGGGAGCUGUUCUGCUUCUCGACGCGCUCGCGAACAACCGUGUUCUCAAAGACCUGAUGCUGCCGCAUGUCAGAGACGACCGGAACGAAAGGCCCCCUCGCAUCAGCUUUAAGUCGUACAGCCGUUCACGACCGCGUGCUGCUCUGCUACGACAACGUCGCUAG